CAUUAUAUAUGGUUGUACAGUACAUACAUAGAGAACAUUCGAAUUAAGCAAACAUUACAACCAAACACAGUGAAAAAUAAAUUAAAGCAUCCCCAGGCGCAGCACAAACAACUGCAACCUGAUAAACAACUUUCUAUCCUAUCUUGAUUUGAGUCCCCAGUUGUAGAGCAACAUUGCUGAAUUUCUGGAGAGUUCCUGGAGCUGCAGCAUCUCUUGACAGGUUCUGAUCAAUAUCUUCAACAUUCUCCACUAGAGUUCUUAGAGACUUUAGUAGUGUUGUUUUUCAAUCCAAUGCUACUAAAAUCUCUAAGAAGAUCUCUGAUGUUGCGAGAGAUGAAACUAUGAUUGAUAUACAGGAUUGGCUGAUGAAGUCAACUUUAGAUUCGAUUUUCAAAGUUGGUUUUGGAGUAGAUCUUGAUACACUAUCAGGAUCCAAAGAGCAAGGGACUCGGUUUAGUAAAGCAUUUGAUGACUCUAACUUCAUCAUCUUCCAUCGCUUUGUCGAUCUUUUUUGGGAGGUAAAGAGGUACCUAAACAUCGGCCUUGAAGCGCAACUUAAGAGGAACCUCAAAGUCAUUGAUGACUUUGUUUUUCAAUUGAUUCACAGUAAGCGAGAGCUCAUGAAUACUGGAUUUGAAAGAAGCAAGGAAGACAUGCUAUCAAGGUUUCUAAUGGCAAGUAUUGAGGACCCAGAGAACAUGACUGAUAAAUAUCUAAGAGACAUAAUACUGAACUUCUUGAUUGCCGGAAAAGAUACAUCUGCAAACACACUGACUUGGUUCUUCUACAUGCUAUGCAAACAUCCUUUUGUGCAAGAGAAAAUAGCAAUGGAGAUCAAAGAAGUGACUGCAAUGCCGGAGAAUCAAAACAUUGAAGGAUUCGCAGAAUGCCUGACCGAUGAAGUUCUUGACAAAAUGCAUUAUCUUCAUGCAGCGCUCACCGAGACUCUCCGGUUAUAUCCAGCAGUGCCAUUGGAUGGAAAGAGUGCCGAAGAGGACGAUGUUCUACCGAAUGGGAUGAAAGUGAAGAAGGGAGAUGGAAUAAGUUACAUGGCUUACGCAAUGGGAAGGCUAACUGAAAUUUGGGGAGAAAAUGCGGAGGAAUUUAUACCUGAAAGAUGGUUGGAUAAUGGCAAGUUUUUGCCACAAAGUUCAUUCAAAUUUGUCGCCUUUCAUGCUGGUCCAAGAAUAUGUUUGGGCAAAGAAUUUGCAUAUAGGCAGAUGAAGAUUUUGGCUGCUGUUCUUAUCUUUUUCUUUAAGUUCAAACUUGGAGAUGAGUCCUACAUUGCAAGAUAUAGGACAAUGUUUACUCUUCAUAUGGACAAAGGCCUCCAUCUCUUGGCAUUUCACAGAUCAUGCCCUUAAAAUUAUUAGCAUGUAAUAAUCUUAAAAUAUUAAAUAUAUUUCAACAAUAUUAAUGGAAAAGAUAAAUAAAAGAAGUGUGCAUUGUUAUAUUAAUUA